AUGGACGAUCCAGAAAAUAAAAUAUCAGUUUUAUGCUUGGGACCAAAAGGGUCGGGAAAAACUACAUUAUUAAAGAAACUUCAAGACGCCGACGGUAUAGACUACACAUAUAGUCCUGUCCCAACAAUUGGGACAAAUAUCUAUGACGUCAGUUAUAUCAAUAAAAAUGGAAAAAAACAAGUGCUUUCAAUUCGUGAAGUUGGUGGAGAAAUGGCAUCGUUAUGGAGCAAUUAUUUUGAUGGCAUCGAAAAGGUAAUAUUUGUUGUGGAUACGUCCAACUUAUGUCAAAUAUCCGCAGCGGCUGUUAUGCUAUAUACAUUAUUGGCUGAACCGAAGUUGAAGAAUGCUAAGUUCAUUCUGGUGUUGAGUAAAAUGGACGCAGCGUACAGACAAAUGCGAAACGAGGCGUUACUCAUGCUUCAAUUCGCUCGACUCAGCACUGAACUACAAAAUGCACCAAUUUUGCUUGAGGCAUCGCCUUUAACGAGCGAAGGAUUAGACACCCUACGGUCACACCUCGCAGAAACAAAACGCGCAACAAAAGUAGCUAAUUAA